UGGAACCAACGGCCAGGAUGAGACGUGUAUUCCGUUCCAUAAUUCACGGGCAAUCUGGGUCGUUGGAUCCUCUCAUUUUGUCGGCCUGACGCCCAUUAUGAAGUGAGAGCAAAGCAAGCCCUUGGCCUGGUCGGGGAGAGACGGCGGAGGCGACGACGGCAAUGGGGGACGAUCGCAGGCGCAGCAGAUAUUCGCAGUCCCCAUCGCCGAGGCGAGGUCCAUCACGGAGCCCUCCACCGCUAAAAUCACCUCUCAAGGAGGAUCCUGACAAUCCGGGAAAUAACCUCUAUGUCACUGGCCUCUCGACGCGGGUCGCGGAGAAGCAGCUCUUGGAGCAUCUCUCGCGAGAGGGGAAGGUCCUGGAGUGUCGGAUCGUGGUGGAUCCGAGGACCAAGGAGUCCAGAGGGUUUGGAUUUGUGACAAUGGCCAGUACGGAGGAUGCGGAGCGCUGCAUCAACUAUAUGAAUCGCUCCACGCUCGAGGGCCGUAUAAUCACGAUAGAGAAGGCUAGGCGCAAGAGACCACGAACUCCUACACCUGGAGAAUACCUGGGUGUCCGAGCUCCUCCAAGAUCUCGGCCACCAGGUUACGGUCCACGACAUCGCGAGAGAGACCGAGACAGGGACUACAGGGACUACUCCCGUAGAUCACCCCGCUACUCUCCAUACAGGGGUGAUAGCCGCGACAGAUCUCCACACGGCCGGAGCUACCGCAGGGAGCGAUCCCGUUCGCCUUACUACUACCGCAGGGAACGCUCUCGCUCGCCUUACCACAUGUACCGACGCUGACCACCACAAGGCUUCUCUUCAUUUACCUGGACACUGCUACUCUCAUCCCACACUCUCAAGUUUGUACUCAAAAGAAAAAGGACAUUUUUACAUUACCAAAUGGUGGUGGUCGAGUUUUUCUCCUCAAGGAGGUGCUGUAAGUGCCGCUGUUUGGUUGCUACUAACCGGUGGUGGCACUGAAGCUUUGUCCGGGACAGUGGCAGCCGAGGCCUCCGCUUGUUGCUGCUUGAGCUUGUAUCGCGGGGCGAAUCCUCGCUUGGAGUAAGGCGUGGUUUUCACGCACUCGAAGUAGGCCGCCGCGAACUGGGUGAUCUCGCAGGAUUCACGCGAGUAAUUGAAGAGCUUCUUGGGUUUCACCUGAAUCGGCGGAAGAACACACGAAGAGAGUGAAGGGAUGGAUCCAGAUCUUUCGUACCAGAGGUUGCGAGCACCAGCCAUACUCUUGCGACGCGGUCAUGGGGACUUCGUACUUCUCCGGUGGUGGCAUGUCGAGGUCCUGGAUUGGGAAGCACGCGCCGAGAAACUUUUGCGCCUCCUCAAACUCCUGUUUGGUCACUGCAGUCUCGUAUGGUAAAUGUUUCUCGAGGAAGCCAGCGAUGGAAGAUACCUUUCCUCGACGACGUGACUUGGGUGGGCUUCUUGGUGAGCACUUCGGCUGUUUCAAAGUGAAAUAUUUUGCCAAGCAAGGAUCAAACGGAUGGAAAAGAGGAAAAAAUGCAUUUUUUUGCU